ACCCAGUUGACAAUAUUAUUUACUGGCUUAAAAACCGCUAAUUAAGCACUACGCCUGCGAUAAGAUUUGGCUUUGGGUAAAGCAAAUAAUUUAGUUGGUACAUAAGUUGCUCAAUGCUAUUCAGUCCCAUUCCAACACUCAACGAUCGACGAUGAAGUUUUGGUUCGGAGUUUCCUUGGCUCUUUUGGCCGUGGCCCAAGCCAAUGGAAGUAUAUUUCAAAGGACCUUCAAGCGGAUCCAUGAGGAGCCCCCACUGCCGUCUAAUCAGAACCGAGCGGAUGUAGUGCAGACCCUCUGGAUCGAACAGGAAUUGGAUCAUUUCGACCCGUCAGAAACACGCACCUGGCAAAUGCGUUAUAUGCUCAAUGAUGCACUUUAUAAGUCUGGCGCACCUUUGUUUAUUUAUCUUGGAGGAGAAUGGGCUAUCUCUUCGGGAUCCAUAACUGGCGGCCACCUUUACGACAUGGCCAAGGAGCACAAUGCUCUUCUGGCCUACACUGAGCACCGCUUCUAUGGACAGAGCAAGCCCCUGCCAGAUCUUUCCAAUGAAAAUAUUAAGUAUCUGAGUGUGAAUCAGUCCUUGGCUGAUUUGGCUCAUUUCAUCAAUACCAUAAAAGAAAACUAUGAGGGUUUGUCCGAGUCCAAGGUCGUUAUUGUGGGGGGUUCCUACUCCGCCACAAUGGUCACUUGGUUCAAGAGGCUCUAUCCCGAUCUGGUGGCUGGAGGUUGGGCCUCGAGUGCUCCGCUAUUUGCCAAGCUGAACUUUGUGGAGUACAAGGAAGUCACUGGCCAAUCCAUCGAACAGAUGGGGGGCACCGCUUGCUAUAAGCGAAUCGAGAAUGGCAUUGCCGAGAUGGAGUCCAUGAUAGCCACCAAAAGAGGCGCUGAGGUCAAAGCCCUGCUCAAGCUCUGCGAACCCUUCGAUGUCUAUAGCGAUCUAGAUGUAUGGACCUUGUUCAGCGAGAUUUCCGAUAUCUUUGCAGGCGUAGUGCAGACCCAUAAUUCUGGUCAAAUCGAGGGCGUUUGCCAGAAGAUAUUGGCUGGAUCAAAUGAUCUGAAUGGUGUGGCUGGCUAUUUGUUGGAUGUUUUCGAGGAGAGCGGUGGAAAAUGCUUCGAUCUUAGCUAUGAUGCUAUAAUUGGAGUGCUUCUAGACACCACUUACAAUGGCAAUAUUAUGCGUCAGUGGAUAUUCCAGACAUGCAACGAGUAUGGUUGGUAUCAAACCUCGGGCUCUAAUGCUCAACCCUUUGGCUCCAAGUUCCCGGCCACAUACUAUACCACCAUGUGUGGCGAUAUUUAUGGCUCCCAAUAUACCAACGAGUUCAUUUCCAACCAAGUGAGUGUCACCAACCAAUACUUUGGUGGAUUGUCUCCGGGUGUAGAAAAUGUCUACCUCACCCACGGUCAAUUGGAUCCCUGGAGGGCAAUGGGAAUUCAAAACGCGACUCAGGCCACGAUCAUUCCAGAGUAUGCCCACUGCAAGGACUUAAGUUCGAUCAGCUCUAGAGACUCUGCUGAGAUGAAAGCUUCGAAGGAACGCAUUGCUGAACUGGUUCGCGAGUGGGUUAAAUAAUCGUAGAUACCGUCACUAUUAAUGGAAAACCCAAUUAGAAAUAAAGUGGAAUAAAGAAUAAUUAAUGCAAAAAACAUAUUUUAUCAAUUGAAUCUAAUCAACCUAAGAUAA